AUGACGGUCGGCAGGUGCAAGACCGGGAAUCUAACCAGCAUGGCUCAGAAGCUGCUGAUAAUCGACACAGACUGUGGCAUAGAUGAUGCUCUGGCUAUCAUAGUUGCUCUGGCAGCUCCUGGUGUGAAGGUGUUGGGCAUCACCUGCUGCUUUGGGAACACUGAUGUGGAUAAUGUGUGUCAGAAUGUGAUGCGGGUUCUGACAGUCUGUCAACAAACCCAGAUUCCAGUUUUUAAAGGGUCUGCUCGUCCUCUAAUCGGACCUGUGACAGGAUUUAAAGAUCACUUUGGCACAGAUGGACUUGGAGAUGUUCUAGAGAACUCUGAGAUUUGGAAAUGGCAGAUUCAGAAAGAGCAUGCACUUCAUGCUUUAAUAAGACUGGUAAAUGAAAACCAGGGAGAGGUAUCGCUCAUAGCUCUUGGUCCAUUGACUAACUUGGCUUUGGCUGUUAGAUUAGAUCCCACCCUCCCUCAGAAACUCAAGGAUGUUAACUUGAUUACACAUUGCUUUACAGAAAGCUUAUGA